AGAGAGAUUGCCGCCUGGCUCCUGAUUGACAGGUGUGUGGAGGAUAAGAGGAGGUGGCGGGCCCCGUCAGGUCCGCUAGCGGGGGCUGACGGAGCAGUGGACGGACGCACGCUGAAGGGAGCGCGAGGAGACGACUUCAGGAACGUCGAACACCGUCCGGGACCCCAGCGCUCCGAUGGUCCCCACGCCGGGACCCGCGCGGUGUGCGGCGCUGCUUCUGUGCUGCCUGCUGCUCCGGACCCUCCCGGCGGCGGACCCUCAGGCGCGGGUGGCGCCCGUCGACCUGCGGCGCUUCGUGGGCUGCGCGGUCCGAGAGUUCACCUUCCUGGCCCGGAAGCCCGGCUGUGGGGCGCUGCACAUCACCACUGACGCCUGCUGGGGGCGCUGUGAGACCUGGGAGAAGCCGGUGGUGGAGCCGCCCUUCGUGGAGGUGCACCAGCGCGUGUGCACGUACAACGAGACGCGGACGGCCAGCGUGCGCCUGCCCGGCUGCUCCCCGGGGGUGGAGCCAACCUACAGCUACCCCGUCGCCCGGAGCUGCCACUGUGGCGUCUGUCUCACCAGCACCACCGAGUGUCUCACCUCCGCCUGACACACACAUGUGACACACACAUGUGAGACACACAUGCAUGCACACAAACACACA